GGGUAAUCCAAUAAAGUAAUAAGCUUUGGUGCUUGCCGAUGCUUCCUCAUUCCCUGGCUGGAGCCCACAGACAUCACCCAGCAAGUUUUGAGUUCACAGUAAAGCCUUGCAGAAAACUCACAGCGAAGCCUACUCUGUGGAGAACUCCCAAGUGAUGAUGAGCUGAUGUCUGCUUUCCCCAUAGCUGAUCUUUCGUUGCUCUUAUGCUGCGCCUGGCAGAAUCGCAGACGUCAACAUGGCAGAACGCUUUGACUGCCACUACUGCAAGGAGACCCUCUUUGGCAAGAAGUACAUCCUGAGGGAGGACAGCCCCUAUUGCAUCAAGUGCUAUGAGAGCCUGUACUCGAAUGCCUGUGAGGAAUGCAAAAAGCCCAUUGGCUGUGAUUCUAAGGAUCUGUCCUACAAGGACCGGCACUGGCAUGAAACCUGCUUUCACUGCUUCCAGUGCAAGAACUCGCUGGUGGACAAGCCUUUCGCUGCAAAAGAGGAGCACCUUCUCUGUACUGAAUGCUACUCCAAUGAAUACUCUUCCAAGUGUAGUGAGUGCAAGAAGACCAUCAUGCCAGGUACUCGCAAAAUGGAAUAUAAAGGAAAUAGCUGGCAUGAGACUUGCUUUAUCUGCCAUCGGUGCCAACAGCCAAUUGGAACAAAGAGUUUCAUCCCCAAAGACAAUCAGAAUUUCUGUGUGCCCUGCUAUGAGAAGCAGUUUGCCAUGCAAUGUGUCCAGUGCAAGAAGCCAAUCACCACAGGAGGAAUUACUUACCGAGAGCAGCCAUGGCACAAGGAAUGCUUUGUGUGUACUGGAUGCAAAAAACAGCUGUCUGGACAACGCUUUACUUCCCGGGAUGAGUUUGCUUAUUGCCUGAAUUGUUUUUGUAGCCUCUAUGCUAAAAAGUGUGCAGGAUGCACCAAUCCAAUAAGCGGUCUUGGAGGCACCAAAUAUAUCUCCUUUGAGGAACGCCAGUGGCAUAACGAUUGCUUUAACUGUAAGAAGUGUUCCCUGUCAUUAGUGGGGCGAGGUUUCCUCACAGAAAGGGAUGAGAUCCUAUGUCCUGAGUGUGGUAAAGAUAUUUAAAAUUCAAAAGCAGUAAAAAUAAGCUCUCUCUCACACAAAUGCAUAUAUUUUAUAAACUAGGUAAUGAUGUGUAUGAGCUUUGACAAGAAAUUGAAAAUGUAGUGUUUUGUUUUUCAGCAGUUAUCUAUUUACCAGUUAACUAUUUUCUCUAAAUUGUGGAAAUGCACUGGAGAAAGGAAAGGCAAAAGGAAAAGCGGUGAAUUUUAACAAAAACUGUUAGGCAGUAACAUUUAAUUUAUUAAUUGAGCAGUAAAACAUCAAGGUACAUUUUCCCCCAGAUGGUACCAAUAUAAGUUUCUCUUCAUCAGAUAUUUACAUUCUAAAGGUAGAUUCCACUUUCAAAAUGGGGUUUCCUAAAUAAUUACAAUGGUCAUUGUUUAUAGUGUGUUGGCAGACUAAGAGUCAGUAUUUAUGAUGUCCGAGUUUGAAAAUGUGUAAGUGAUAACAUGUAGGGAAUGUAGGUGUCAGUAAUAGAAAGAUUUGUGCUGUGCCUUAAAACAAGGGGUUAAGGCUGCAAUUCUAUGCAUACUUACAUUACACACUGACUUCCAUUGAACUUUGUAGGGCUUGCUUUCAAGUAAAUGUACAAAGGAUCAGACUGCAUGAGUUUUAAACUGAUGCGUGUAACAUACAUUAUUGCACAAUUCUGCAAGAUCAUUGCACAAGUACAUUUUCAGCUUGUUACCUGUUUUGAUAUUACAUUGCACCUUGUAUUUUACAACAAAAUAAAUGUAUUUCUAACACAA